AGCAUUAAGUAAUAGUGACUUAUCUUACCAUAGUGAGCAACAAAUUAAAUUCUCUUACCAAAUUUAUCUUUAGAAUAUUGACAAAUGGGUUUCUUAACCUGUGUAAUGCAUGCAUUAAUGUUCUCUGAAUCUCCAAAUUAGCCAUGAAAACCCCAUUUCCCAACUCAGCCCCUUAAAUAGUUUGUCUCAUCUCCUCUCAAUAUAUAAAGACCUCAUUGGCUUCUCCAUUCAAGCAACCCAAUUCUCUUCUUCAUCCCUUUUUAAUUAUAAAUAGGUCAAAGAGCAAAAGAGAUUUGCCAAGCAGUAACCAUGACUAGAAAGAAGGUGAAACUUGCAUGGAUAGUCAAUGACAGUGCUAGAAGAGCCAGCCUCAAGAAAAGGAGGUUAGGCUUGUUGAAGAAAGUCAGUGAGCUGACCACUCUGUGCGGUGUCGAUGCUUGUCUUAUCGUCUAUAGUCCCGACGAAAUCGAGCCAAUGGUGUGGCCCUCUCACGCCGAGGUGCAACGACAACUUGGAGAGUUCCACAAAAUGCCCGAGUCGGAACGGCAGAAGAAGAUGAUGAACCAAGAAACCUACCUCACAGAUAGGGUUACCAAGGCGCAAGAACAGCUGACGAAGUACCAAAGGAGAAACAAAGAGAUUGAGAUGGGCCAUCUCAUGAAUCAAAUCGAUCAAGGCAAGGGGCUUGAUGAACUUAACCUCACGGAACUGCAUGGGCUGACUUGGUUGGUGGAAGAGAAGAUGAAGGAGAUACGAAAACGUAUUGAAUUUUUUCAGCAAGUUCCUUUCGUAACAGACGGCCCCUGCGCUCUUGGUGAUCUUUCUUUUCCUCCCUCAAGCCCUGCAGAUGAUCUAACGGCCCGAAUUGGCGGUGCCAGUGAUGGCCUUGAAGGAGAUGGGAGGAGUACUCACGCAGAGUCUUUGCUGUGGGAUCAAUGGUUCAUCGAUAUGAUGAACAACAGUGAAUUCAAAUCUGGAGCUAGAAGCAGUAGCAUGAGGAGUGAUAUAGGCUUACCAGAUUAUCACCCAUUUACUGGUAAUACUGCAGAUGACCGGGGGCUGCCUAGACAUUCAUUUGGUGGCAGCUCUUGUGUUGCAGCUAUAACGGGGCAGCCACCGUAUAGGAAUUUAAGAGGCCCCCCCACAUCUGAUGCGGGGCUGCCUCCUCUGAGUUCCAGACCUCAUGGUAGUGCAAGUGACAUGGGCCUGCCUCAUGAGAGUGUUGGAAGCAGCAGUUUUGGCCCUUUUGGGAGUGAUAGUGGGCAGCUCCACCCUAAGUGA